AUGGACGAGAUGGAAGAGGAGCUCAAGUGCCCGGUGUGCGGCUCCUUCUACCGGGAGCCGCUGAUCCUGCCCUGCUCGCACAACCUGUGCCAGGCGUGCGCCCGCAACAUCCUGGUGCAGACGCCCGAGGCGGACUCCCCGCAGAGCCGGCGCGCCUCGGCCUCGACCUCGGACUACGACUACCUGGAUCUGGACAAGAUGAGCCUGUACAGCGAGGCGGACAGCGGCUACGGCUCCUACGGCGGUUUCGCCAGCGCGCCCACCACGCCGUGCCAGAAGUCGCCCAACGGCGUGCGCGUCUUCCCACCAACCAUGCCGCCGGCAUCGGCCGCCGCCGCCGCCGCCUCGCUGGCGCCGGUGCCGCGCAACUCCUGCCUGACCUGCCCGCAGUGCCACCGCAGCCUGAUCCUGGACGAGCGGGGCCUGCGCGGCUUCCCCAAGAACCGCGUCCUGGAGGGCGUCAUCGACCGGUACCAGCAGAGCAAGGCGGCGGCCCUGCGGUGCCAGCUGUGCGAGAAGGCGCCCAAGGAGGCCACCAUCAUGUGCGAGCAGUGCGACGUCUUCUACUGCGACCCCUGUCGCCUGCGCUGCCACCCGCCGCGGGGCCCGCUGGCCAAGCACCGCCUGGUGCCCCCCGCCCAGGGCCGGGUCAGCCGGCGGCUCAGCCCGCGCAAGAUUUCCACCUGCACCGACCACGAGCUGGAGAACCACAGCAUGUAUUGCGUGCAGUGCAAGGCGCCCGUCUGCUACCAGUGCCUGGAGGAGGGCAAGCACUCCAGCCACGAGGUCAAGGCCCUGGGCGCCAUGUGGAAGCUACACAAGAGCCAGCUGUCUCAGGCCCUGAACGGACUCUCUGACAGAGCAAAGGAGGCCAAGGAGUUCCUGGUGCAACUACGGAACAUGGUGCAGCAAAUCCAGGAGAACAGUGUAGAGUUUGAAGCCUGCCUAGUCGCCCAAUGCGAUGCACUCAUUGAUGCUCUCAACCGGAGGAAAGCCCAGCUGCUGUCACGGGUCAACAAGGAACACGAGCACAAGCUGAAGGUGGUGCGAGAUCAGAUCUCUCACUGCACGGUGAAGCUGCGCCAGACGACCGGGCUCAUGGAGUACUGCUUGGAGGUCAUCAAGGAGAAUGAUCCCAGUGGAUUCCUCCAGAUCUCUGAUGCACUGAUACGGAGAGUUCACCUGACCGAGGAUCAGUGGGGGAAGGGGACGCUCUCCCCAAGGAUGACAACAGACUUUGACCUGAACCUGGAUAACGCCCCUUUGCUGCAGUCUAUCCACCAGCUUGACUUCAUGCAAAUGAAAGCUUCCUCCCCAGUGCCGGCACCCCCAAUCCUUCAGCUGGAAGAAUGCUGCACCCACAACAACAGCGCCACCUUGUCCUGGAAGCAGCCGCCGCUAUCAACGGUGCAGGUGGAGGGAUAUAUCCUGGAGCUGGAUGAUGGGAACGGCGGCCAGUUCAGGGAGGUGUAUGUCGGAAAGGAGACAAUGUGCACUGUGGACGGUCUCCACUUCAACAGCACAUAUAGUGCUCGGGUGAAGGCCUUCAACAAGACUGGGGUCAGCCCGUACAGCAAGAUGCUGGUCCUGCAGACCUCUGAGGACUCCGAACCCGAGGAGCAGGCCCUGACAUUCCCCGUGCCUUUGGAAAGGCUGCAGCUGCGUAGAUCCAGCCCCUUCUCUUCCACCCUUAACCUGCAAAACAGCUUUCCGGGGAGAUCCUACUUUGAGCUCAGAUCUUCGUCCCACCAAAUGAGCUUGCACUCUUCUUUACAAUCUCUGAAUUCGGCCGUUGAUAUUAAAAAACUGGUAGCAGUGGCCUGGUUUUCAUUCGACCCCAACACCGCCCACUCCGACGUCAUCUUCUCCAACGACAACCUGACUGUCACCUGCAACAGCUACGAUGACCGCGUCGUGCUGGGCAAAACAGGCUUCUCGAAAGGGCUCCACUACUGGGAGCUGUCCAUCGACCGCUACGACAACCACCCAGACCCGGCCUUCGGGGUUGCCCGUCUGGAUGUCCUCAAGGAUGUCAUGCUGGGGAAAGACGAAAAGGCUUGGGCCAUGUACGUGGACAACAACCGGAGCUGGUUCAUGCACAACAAUUCACACACCAACCGGACCGAAGGAGGCAUCACCAAAGGGGCCACCGUAGGCAUCUUGCUUGAUCUAACCAGGAGGACCUUGACCUUCUCCAUCAAUGAGGACCAGCAGGGACCAGUGGCCUUUGAGAACCUGGAGGGCGUGUUCUUCCCUGCUGUCAGUCUGAACAGGAAUGUGCAAGUGACGCUUCACACUGGCCUGCCUGUCCCGGACUUCUACAAUGUGCGGGGUUCCAUGCAGAGAGCUUCUCUGGGAACUGCUUCUACCGCCUGCCGCCCUGCUGCGGAUUUCCGCGGUCACGUCUCCUCCUGCCCGCUUGCGGGGCUUGGCAAAUUCCUGGCGGUUGCCUUCCAACUUUGCAGCAGGAGCAACGCCAAACGGGGGGAGGAUCUGGGGCAGAGGAAAAGGAGCAAGGCAGAGCUUUUUUGGGGGGAGGGGGGAGGUGGAAACCCUAGAAUAGAUUUUGCAGGCGGGACGGGGCGAUCGCCCAGUCCAGGGACCAAGUCAGUCCCCUUCCACGCGCUGGACUCCUCCGCCCGCCCCUUCGGGCAAGGAAACUUCCCUGUCCAGCGACGAGGAGGCGGUACCCUGCCGACUGACAGGCGACCGCCUUAG